AUGGGAUCAAUAGCAGACUACUCGCCUCGCUAUCGUAUUGGUGUUGAUGUCGGUGGUACCAACACAGAUGCAGCACUAGCGGAGGCGAGAUCUGACAAAGGCUCUGCACCACCAACAGUAAGGAUAAUUGAUAGCAGCAAGAGCCCAACUACAUCUGAUGUGACGAGUGGUAUCUGCAACGUCAUCACAGAUCUUCUGACCAAGAGUCGAAUUGCCAUUUCGGACAUUCUGUCGAUUAAUAUCGGUACCACUCACUUUGUCAAUGCAAUAGUGCAAGCAGACAGGAACAAGCUUCGCCCUGUGGGUGUCCUGCGAUUAUGUGGUCCAUUUUGUCGCGAAGUCCCUCCUUUUGGUGACUUCCCUGAAGAACUCCGGAGCGUUCUCGCAGGCCCUGUUGGCUAUAUUAGUGGAGGGCUGGAGAUCGACGGACGUGUAAUUGCUGAGAUCGAUGAAGCCGAAGUCCGGAGUUUUGCAGAUACGCUCUCGGAAGCUGAAGUCAAAACCGUCGUUGUCAACGGCGUCUUCGCUCCUCUUGACACUUCCACUGUCACACAGGAGGAGGAAGUUAAAACGAUGCUCCUGAAAGCCAUCCCUGGCAUUGACAUUGUCUGCUCAAGAGAUAUUGGACGCAUCGGCUACCUCGAACGAGAAAAUGCGUCGAUACUCAACGCUGCCAUCCUUGCUUUUGGUCGUGUCACUAUUUCACGCUUCCAAAAGGCCGUCGAAGCCCUUGGUGUUAGUUGUCCACUAUACCUGACCCAGAACGAUGGGACUGUCUUGGAUGCAUAUUCGGCCUCUCGAACUCCUAUUAGGACCUUUUCAUCCGGCGCAACGAAUUCGCUUAUUGGGGCCCUCUUUUUGUCAGGGAUUCAUGAUCCAGGCAGCGAUAUCGAUCUCAAGAAGUCUCAGGUCAUCAUGUGUGAUAUUGGAGGUACUACAUCUGAUUUUGCUGCCUUGUCACCUUCUGGCCUCCCCAGACAAUCUCCAGCUACUGUCAAGGUCGGUGGAGUUCGGACCGCGUUUAGUAUGCCUGAAGUCCUCAGCAUUGGGCUCGGUGGUGGUUCCAAAGUUUCCAGGGAUGAAAAUCGCAACGUUAAAGUUGGCCCACUAUCUGUUGGCCAUCUACUGACCAGCGAAAGUCAAUGCUUUGGGGGCCCUGUGCUCACGGCUACUGAUAUUGUUGUAUCUUCUGGGCUUGGCCACCAAGUCAAGGGACACGGUUUCAAGCUCCAAGAUCUGGAUGAAAAUUUAGUCAAGCUUGCACGUCAAAAUAUCAGGAACCAGAUUGAAAAUGGCAUUGAUAUUAUGAAGACAUCAGAUCUACCAGUCGUCCUCCUUCUAGUCGGAGGAGGAUCAAUCAUCCUUCUGGAUCAAAUCCAAAACGUGGCGCACUGUCUGCAGCCCGCUUUUUCGGACGUGGCGAACGCGGUUGGAGCUGCAAUCGCAAAGAUUUCUGGCGAUGUCGACACAAUCAUAGUACCCGGGCAGACGCCGUACGAAGAAAUCAAACGAAACAUCUCUCAGCAGGCUAUUGAAAUAGCAGUUCAAAAUGGAGCUCAAAGAAACACGGUCCAAGUCAUGGAAGUGGAUCUCAUUCCUCUUCAGUAUAUGACGAAUGGGUCAUUGAGAGCUGUUGCUAAAGCGGUUGGCCAACUUCGGUGGGAUAGUGAAUUUGAACCAAUCAAGUCAUCACUGGUUGACGGUGCUGAGGACGACUGCUCACAAAGUGCUACUAAGCUGCAGUCAUCCACAAGGAGCCUUCUUCCAGUCCUCGAUAGAGCAAGCAUCUCCACUUAUCGACCCAACGUUUCAAAGGCCACCGGAGAGUGGUAUGUAUCACCGACAGAUCUACUAUUCAUUGCGGAAGGAAACGGUAUUCUUGGAACAGGCGGAGGAGGGUCAGCUUACACUGCCUAUCUCGAUUCUCUACGGGUACUUGCAGGCUCAAGUCAUGGCAAGAUGCGAAUUGUUGAUCCUAAGUCCUUAAAAGCUGGUUCCGAGGCAGUAACAUUUAGAGCACCCUCCGUUUCAAACGAACGCCUCACAGGCGACCAUGAGCUCCAGCUUGCCGCUGAAGCCCUGGCCAGAUACAAAGGUUUGGAUAAGUUCGCGGGAGUUAUGGCCGCAGAAAUCGGAGGCUCAAAUGGGAUGAGAGCAUUUGCAGUAGCCACUGCUUUAGAUAUCCCAGUCAUCGACGCAGAUGAGAUCGGCCGAGCAUUUCCAAGAGUUGAUAUGUCUUUGCCUUUCGUUUAUAAAGCAGCAAGUCCCUGUCCUGCAGUUCUAUCCGACGCUCGAGCGAAUACUCAAGUUGUCGUUAGCACCGAGAAUGCAACAAAGUUCGAGAACAUGGCCCGUUGUGUUGCAGUGGAACUUGGUCUCUUCGUUGGUCUAGCCAUGGCGAUCAACUCUGAUGUCAUCUCAAAGUACUGUGUUCAUCGCAGCUUGUCUAUGUCUUGGUUUCUAGGAAAAGCAAUCUGUACAGCACGCAUAAUGAAAGCGGACAUCGUCGAUGCUUUAAUAUCUUCUAUUCCCGGAGGACGCCGGCUGUACUCUGGGAAGAUUACCGAUGUGUCGCGAGAAGUGAAGGGCGGCUGGACUGUCGGGUUUGUGACUCUCGCUCUCGAUGACGAGCUGAAAGCCACACAUUCAGAGAAUGGCCAAUGUACAGUAGACGAACGCCCAUUGCAACUCCAAUAUCAGAACGAGUUCCUUUACGCAGCACUCAAAAACCCUGACUCUUCACUCCAAGUCCUCUGUACAACACCGGAUCUAAUUAGUGUUCUCGAUCAAGAUGGCAUAGCAGUCGGGACUCACGAACUCCGCUAUGGUCUACGCGUCAGCGUCAUAUCCAUGCCAGCAGACCCUUUAUGGAAGACAGCUGAAGGCAUGGCAGCAGGCGGACCGAAAGCUUUUGGACUCGAUAUAGAUUAUAACGAUUACGGUGUAGAUUGGCAGCAACCGAUGUCUGUCAUUGAAACCUUUGGGGUGUAA